AACAAGUCUCUUGUAUCCUCUCCAAAUUUAAAAUGACUAAUUUUUCUUCAAGAAAUCAGUUGAUCUUAUUAAUUAUUUGUAUUAUAACUAUAGUUGUAAUUCCAAAAUUGAUGUUGGCACAAAAUUGUGGAUGUAGAAUAGGACUGUGCUGCAGUAGAUGGGGUUAUUGUGGCAGUGGGAAUUCUUAUUGUGGACAGGGCUGUCAAGGAGGGCCUUGUUAUACUUCUUCGACGAAAAAUUACAAUCAUCAUCAUCAUAAUAAUAGAGUUUCUGAUAUUGUUAGUGAAUCAUUCUUCAAUGGAAUUGCAAAUCAAGCUUCUUCAAAAUCAUGUGAAGGCAAAGGAUUUUACACAAGAUCUGUGUUUCUUGAAGCUUUAAAGUAUUAUCCUAAAUUUGCAACUGUUGGUUCUUCUUCUGAUGAUAAUAAGCGCGAAAUUGCUGCUUUCUUUGCUCAUGUCACGCAUGAGACUGGACAAAUGUGUUACAUAAAUGAGAUAAAUGGUUCAUCUAGGGACUAUUGUGAUAGGACAAACUCAGAGUAUCCUUGUGUCUACGGCAAGAGUUAUUAUGGUCGAGGACCGAUCCAACUAUCAUGGAAUUUCAACUAUGGACCCGCUGGAAAAGCCAUCGGGUUCGAUGGCCUAAACGACCCUGAUAUCGUGGCUAGAGAUAGUCUUAUAGCAUUCAAAACUGGCUUGUGGUACUGGAUGAACACUUGCCAUCCUCUCUUAGCUUCUGGCCAAGGUUUCGGGGCAACGAUUCGAGCUAUUAAUGGUCCUCUUGAGUGUAAUGGUGGCAAUCCUGAGCCUGUUGCUAGAAGGGUUCAAUAUUAUGUUGAGUAUUGCCAGCAACUUGGUGUAGACACUGGGGAAAAUCUCACUUGUUAGAAGAAUUAUUGAAAAAGGUUAUGUAAUAAGUAGUCAGAAAAUGGAGAUUUAGUUGUUUUAAUAUUCCUAUAUAAGAAAUAUAAUUAGUAAUGUAAUGGAAAGUGUUAUUUCAUUUAUAUAUAUGAAUGAAGAAAUUAUAUGUACCAAAUUAUAAAUA